GGUGUGUAAACAAUUGAUCGUAAUCGGAGAAGCGCUUUUAUUGUUGUGUUUGUCAAAAUGUUGAACGGAAAUGAAAAGCGAAACGCUUAGGGGGUUGGAAAAGUUUGGGAGUCUGUGCAGUACGCAGUAUGCGCGUUUCGCGGUGAUCGGGUAGUUGUAUCGGUGUUCCCGUAUCUUAAAAUAUCAGUGCCAAAACACGAGAUAUGUUUUCCCGUUACUGUAAACUUAGUUUUUUUUAAUUAAAUCUUAAAGUUUUACGCUGAAAUGGCUAAACAAACAAAUAAACGCUUUCAGAACCGUGUUAUUUAAACAACGUACAAAGACAAAGUACUCUAAUUCGAGGUUUAAUUAAAUUUAAUGUUAGAUGACUUUUGCAAUUACCAACGCUCAAAAAGUUGAUUAAAUUGUACAUGAACUUUUUCGGAUAAAUUGCGAAUUAAUUGGCAGUAACAAAUAAAAUUCUUCUUAAGCCGGUAAAGGAAUGUGCUUUGAAUGUAAGUCGAUAAUGUUGACGCUGGAUUCGUUUUCAUCAAAAACUAGAACGGGAUUGCAGCGUAAUGCUAAGAAAACCGUCGAAUUUGAGACAAUAUCCAAUAAAAAUGGAAACGAAGAACUGGGCAUUAAAGUCAUAGGAGACUCUGAUAGUAGUCUAACCUUGCUACGGCAGAAACGUAGCCGACUAGUUCAGCCCCGGAUGAGUCUUUUGGGGAAGCCGCUCAAUUACCGGGCCUCCCGGCGCGACGCACGUUAUCGUCGGUUACAAAGCCGCAUUUAUAAUUUCUUGGAGCGACCAAGAGGAUUCCAAGCAAUUCUCUAUCACAUGCUAUUGUUUUGCAUGGUAUUUAUGUGCCUCAGCUUAAGCGUUUUUUCUACAAUAGAAACUUACGAGGUGACUGCAGGAAACAUAUUGUUUUACAUGGAAAUCGUUGUUGUUGUUUGGUUUACAAUCGAAUUUGGCCUAAGACUGUGGUCUUCGGGAUGCCGAUCUCGUUAUCAAGGUCCAAUGGGUCGCCUUAAAUUCCUCAGAAGACCGUUUUGUAUAAUAGACGUAGUAACAAUAGCUGCCUCGUAUGUGGUACUUGCUAUGGGUUCUAGCGGGCAAGUUUUUGCUGCAAGUGCUCUUCGAGGUCUCCGUUUCUUUCAAAUAUUGCGCAUGGUGAGAAUGGACAGACGAGGAGGAACUUGGAAGCUUCUGGGUUCAGUAGUAUACGCUCACAGACAGGAGUUAAUUACAACUUUAUACAUCGGGUUUUUAGGGUUAAUUUUUGCGUCAUUUUUAGUAUAUUUAGCCGAAAAAGACGUUAAUAGAAAGUUUUCUAAUUUUGCUCAAGCGCUAUGGUGGGGUGUUAUAACACUUUGCACGGUAGGGUAUGGAGAUAUGGUUCCAGAAACGUGGCAGGGUAAAAUAAUCGCAUCAUUUUGCGCACUAUUGGGAAUUUCGUUUUUUGCAUUACCAGCGGGUAUUCUAGGAUCAGGAUUCGCUUUAAAAGUUCAACAACAACAACGCCAAAAACACAUGAUCAGACGGAGACAACCGGCGGCGAUGCUAAUUCAAUCGUUAUGGCGAUGCUAUGCGGCUGAUGAGCAUUCAAUUUCGAUAGCAACUUGGAAAAUACAUCAAAUACCUUUGCCUAGUCCUCCACCAAAUAAAAUACAAGAGUCUGAAAAGAGUACUGAAACGAAGAUACAAUCCAUUUCUUCUGUAGUGAGAGUAUCUAGCAGCUUCAAACAUAACGCUUCAUUUGUGAGUCGUUUACCAACAAUUAGGCGGCACAAAAGCACCUCCUUGCAUUCGCCAUCUCUACAGAAGACCCCAUUAAGAAGCGGAUGCAAAAGUUUUGUUGAUGUGCACACAUCAAACGAAAAUUUAGGAACGGGCCCCUCUAAUGGUGCACGUAACAUAAAUGCAAGCCAUAGUGAAGACUCUGUAACUGAAGCUACUCCAUCCAAGAAAAAUUCAGAUGAUGAAGACGAUGAGCAGCAGCACCAACAACAACGCUUAGUUCAAUUAACUAGUCAGCACAAAGCUGCUGUUAGAGCUAUUAGAAAGAUGAAAUAUUUUGUUGCCAGAAGAAAGUUUAAAGAAGCUUUAAAACCAUAUGACGUUAAAGAUGUUAUCGAACAAUAUUCUGCAGGUCAUGUAGAUCUUCUAGGCAGAGUAAAAAAUGUACAAACUAGGUUAGAUCAAAUAUUAGGAAAGCAGGGUUCCAAAGCAAAAGACGUGUACGCUUCAAAAAUCAGUUUAGCUUCGAGGGUUGUUAAAGUUGAACGUCAGGUGGACGAUAUAGAAACGAAAUUAGAUCAACUGAUGGAGCUUUACGUGGAAGAUCGUAAACGAUUUUUGGCUUUGCCCGUUGUUUCCGAAACGGCUGAAAAAACUGUUCCUUCUAAGCUCACCCCGCCUAUACUCAAACCGAAGCCAAUUCUUCUAGAAAAAUUGUCUUCUGAACCACCGUCGCCUACAACGAAAACAUUUAAUGAACCGGUUUCGGUGUCCGUUACCAGAAGGCCAAUGUAUCGCGGAUUCUCUGAUCUUGGAAACCGCAUAAAGAAGCGAGUAACUUUAAGUUCCCCGUAUGAUGGUGAGGUUGUAAUUGUGGUACCAGCUUUGGAUCAAUCUCCAUCUCCAAUUCCAUAUAGUAGCAGUUCUGCCGGCCCUAUGGACAGUAGAAGCAUUACUGUUGAUCCAAUGGAAGGGGAAACCGGAAGCCCAAAAAUGACUACCGAAAGUUCAGAGUUUCCUUAUUCAAGAGGAGAAGUGCCCGAAGAAGAAGCCUUUACGAACCUUACUCCUGCCGAAAUUCUGAUCACGCAUGAUUUUAGUGACGACGCCCAUUUAACUACACAAGAUGCAACAGUAACAGACUUGCAUUUGCUUAGGCCUAGAACUACUACUGAAAAAGAAAGCGAUAGAUGUUGAUGAUCAAUAAAAUACUUUUUAAUAUAUAUAAUAUUGUUUUUAUAAAUAGGGCUUCGUCUAGAAGCGAUAAAUAUUUUAAACGUGAUAACGAUCUUUUUAUUUGUUUUAUUGUGUACAGCGAGGAAAGGGAGAGAGAUUAUUUAAACUUAAACUAAAUCGUUUAGACCAAUUGCCUAUCAAGGUGACCUUGGCUAGAUUCAUUGCGCUUAUUGAUCCCCUGAACAAAAAAAGCUUUAAAUAUACAGACUGUAACGAACUUCGCGCCCACGAGCAAUGGGGGCUUAAUUGUGAGACAAAACUGACCAGAAAACCCUAUCAGACAAAUACUUUUCCAGAUACGGGGUUGCAAAACAAAUGAGAAAAAAAAUGAAGAAUUUUUUUUUUUAGUUUAGUUAAUAAAUAAUAGCCGUUCAAAACUAUUUGCUGCUUAAAAUGCUUAGAACUAUUUUAAUUAAUAACUAAUCAAUAAACGGUCUGUACUGGUAUAACCCUACUGCUUGCCCUGCUCGAUUAUUGCAAGCGACAUUAACAUAUCAACAUAUUCUCUCUAUUCGAAUAAAUGUUGCUGCCAUUAUUCGUCAUUAAAACAAAAGAAAACACCGUCAAAAGAUCAACUGCACCCUUAUGCUACUUAUCAAAGUAGGCGACUAACAAAUUUUGACAAACGUGUAACAAGCCAUCGCAAAAUCUUCGUAUCUUGAAAAGUAUUUUGUCUGAUCGCAAAAAAUGUAAUAAGGUUUUGUAUUCAGUUUUGUUUCAGAAAUAAUUCUCCAUUGUCCGUGGGUGCGAAGUUUUUAACACCCUGUAUAAUUUUUUGUCAAUUCCUAUAAUUAGAUCGAUUAGCUAUAUCACGGUAAGAAUAUUUUAAAAAUUGUUUAAUAUUGUUAAAAUGUAUAUAAUAUUGAAUUCUGUAGUAA